AUGUUUGUUAAAUUGUCUAAAAAUGUCUUAAACCAAUGCUGUUUUUGGCACGAUCAAUGCUAUAUGAAAAGGAAUGGUAGAGAAUACUGUGAUGACAAUUUUUGCCACUGUUUACGUGGCAGUUUCCGUCCGUUACCUGACAAACUGGUUAAUGAAAUAUGCGAUUUAGUCAAACAUUUUGGUGAACCAGCGUAUGAAAAAACAGGUAAAUUUUCUUCUUUCUAUUUCAGUUCUCUUCAUUUUUUUUGA